CACCCCCCAUCCCCGCACAUGGCACGGCAGGGAGCAGUGGUGGAGUGGGUGCAGGGUGGUGGCAGGAAGCCCCCCCGGGGGGUCUUUGGAGGCCCCCCCAGACCUUAGAGGCCACAAACUGGGCCCCCAACGUCCAGGGUACUGACCGUCGGAGACCUCGAGAGGGCAGCAGAGAGCAAAAAGAGAAUAUUGGAAGUAAUUUUCACCCUUGUAAUUACUCCAAGGACUGACCCGGAAGUACUUGCCUCAGUUCUUGUGUGUGCUUCUGGGUCAGGCGUGCAACAUCUGGCAAGUCACCCACGUGGAAAGAAGAACAAGAAUAAGAAAUCGGCUUGUUGUUGAAGAAGGUUAAGCAUGACGUCCCUUGCCCACCAACUGAAGUGCCUUGCACUCCCUCAAAAUGACCCCAGUCUCUUGUCUCGAAGUGAAGUGGCAUCACUGCUGUUUGAUUGCAAGGAAGCUGCUAAUAUUGACCAGGAGACAUUUUUUGCAAUAGGGUGCACUGGCCUUGAAGAGCUGAUUGGGAUUGAUCCAUCCUUUGAGACAUUUCAGUCAAAGCUUUUCAGUCAAAUGUCCAAAGGUCUGGAGCGUAGUGUCCAAACUAAAUCAGUAAACCAACAACUGGAUGAAAGCAUAUCAUUGUUCCUAAUUCACAUAUCUCCUUACUUUAUGCUUAAACCUGCACAGAAGUGUCUUGAGUGGCUGAUUCACAGGUUCCAUAUUCAUCUUUACAACCAGGACAGUUUGGUUGGUUGUGUAUUGCCCUAUCAUGAGACUAAAUUGUUUGUGCGAGUUAUCCAGCUUUUAAAAAUUAAUGAUCCAACUCACAAGUGGCAUUGGCUGCAUCCAAUUCAGAAACCAGGAGUCCCUCUGGCAAGGGGAACUUUGAUUACACACUGCUACAAAGACCUCGGUUUCAUGGAUUUCAUAUGCAGUCUAGUAACAAGAUCUGUAAAGGCCUUUUCACUGUAUCCUGGGAGCUCAUCACAACUGAGAGUCCUGUUUACUUUUUACGCCUCUACAAUUGUGUCUGCUCUUGGGGCUGCAGAAAGUAUAACUGAUACUAUAGUUGCUAAAUUGCUUCCUUAUAUCCAAAAGGGUUUGAAAUCCUCAUUGGUGGAUUACAGAGCAGCAACCUACAUGAUCAUAUGCCAGUUAGCUGUGAAGGUGAAAAUGGAAAUGUCUUUGACACACUCCUUGACAUUACAAAUCAGCAAGACUUUGACCAAAACACCCUCUCUUAUCAAAGAGGGGCUAGGCUGCCUGAUCAUCCUGCUACAGAAUCAGAAGAGAGAAGGACUUGGGAAAAAGCCAUUUACUCAUUUGUGCAACAUUCCCGACUUGGUUAUGACUCUUCAAGGAAUAUCAACAGUUUAUGAUGUCAGUCCAGUUCUGCAUUACAUAUUGCCACACCUAGUUCAAUCAGUUAUUCAUGGAAAGACAGAAGCACAGAAAGAAUCCGAUGUGGUUCACAAUCAAAUCUACAUAAAGCUCCUAGAAGAUAUAAUUGCAAAUAUACCACUAGAAAAAGACUUGGAUCAUGUUUUGGCCUGUAAGUUUCUGGAGGACUAUAUCUCCUAUGGUGCAGAGGAUGACUCUGAUCCUGUUAAAAUGGCUGAGAUCAAUAAAGAGCUGCUUCCUCUGAUCAGGCUUUUUGAAAGAAAAUAUCCUAGGACACUAGACUUGGUAUUGGAGGAGUACCUGAGAGAUGUUAGAGAUCAGAAGGAACAAGAUUUCUUCCACCAGUUUAUUUCUCUUUCAGUGAGUGGUGGUAAAUACCAGUUUCUAGAAGAUUCUGAUACAUCUCUGCUACUUAGUCUGAAUCACCCACAACCAGCAGUCAGAGUCCUAGCUGUUCAGCAUUUGAAAGAAAUCAUUGAAGCAUCUAAGGAGGGCUUUGAUGAAUCCUUCAUAGAAGAAGCAAUUCUAACACGACUUAAGGAUGAUAAUCUAGAAGUGGUUAUGUCAUCUCUUGCUGCAUUGGAGAGUAUGUUGCUUGAUUUGAAGAAGUUCAGUGAACAAAUUGGUUUCAGUCUGUUGUGUCUCAUUGAAAGAGCGGAUCUCUUCAGUGAUGAAAAAUGGGGCAAGAUCCUGGAAGUUACACUACAUCUUUUAAUUAAAGAAGAGAUUCUAAAAGAUAAUAAAGAUCUCUUAAAUCAAUUGGUCCUGCAGUUGCUACCAUUUAUGAUAAUCACCAACAAUGAUUCAAAGUCAUCUGAAUUGAAAGUGGCACUUUGUGUAGCAGAGAGUGGUAUUUGCUCUCUACAUCCUUUAUUGAAAGGCUGGCCAGUAGCUAUCAAAGAAGUGAUUAAAGCAGCUAAGUCAAAAGAUUUGGUAUGUGCAUCCAAUGCAAAAUUGAUUGCGCUCUUAUCGGAGAACAUAACUUCAGAGGAUCCUUCCUUCAUGUUGCAGAUGGUGGAAGGUCUCAUCAACACAGCUGAAAAGGAGUCUCCAACAGUGAAACAAAAAAUAAUGGGUCAUAUCCUCAGCUUUGUCCUUGUUCAGUCCUGCAGCAGCAGCCUGAAAAGAGAAGAGGACCGUUUGUCACUGGCUGUGAAAGUCUUUCAUUUUUUGAGGAGAAAAAUGCAGAAAUUUGAAACCAGCCAUCCUACAGAGAUCUUAACCUGUGGAUUUCCAGUUGGGCGGAAAUCUGCGAGUGAGAUGUUGAUGAACAUAUUAAUGAUAUAUAUAAGAAAGAUAAAUGUAAGUGAGGAUGUUAAUUAUCAAGAUUCUGUCCUGCUCCUCAUUUUGUUGAGAAGUUUCAUUCAAGGCCUAUUGCAACCAGCUUCUCUUUUGAACGAUGAGAUAUGGUGGAAUCCUGAAACUUUAAGUGACACAAGCAAAGACUACUUACACCUGCUGUUGGGGCUCUUUGAUGUUCUUGUCCGUGGAGCCAGUGAGGGUAUAUAUGCUGGUCAGUUUCGUGUCAUGAUGCAAAUUCUGUUUGAGGUACAUUUGAAAGAGCCAGAGAAUCAGUUCAAAUUCCUUUCAGUCUUGUGGACUUAUAAUUGCAAUCUCUCCAAUCAACUGAACAUUGUGGUGGAUGCCAUACUACAGACUCAAGCUUUGUAUAUAGGGUGUGCAAUGCUUGCAUCACAAACUCUGCAGAAGAAAAAACAGCUGGUGUCGGCAGCCUCUCCAGUGACCAUAUCUUUGCUGAUUAAUUUGGGAAGUCCUGUGAGUGAAGUCCGAAGAGCUGCCGUUAACUGCCUUCAUUGCCUGAGUGGAAUAAAGGAAUCUGCAUUUCAUCCUAUUCUUCAUAAUCUACUACAGAAAGCUGAGGAGAUAAUAUCUGACCAAACUUAUGUAAUCCAGGAUCUGGGUAGUUUGUUUGAGGAACUGCAUACUCAACAUAAACAAAAGACACAGCAGCAGGAAUUGUCAGAAGCACUGGAAGCAUUACUUGAAUGUGUGAAAGCCAUUGGAUGUCCAUCGUACAUUGCAAGAAACUUGAUGAAAAUUCUUCACUCAGUCAAUGGCGAGGAGGUGCUUUCUCACCUGUUGCCUGUCCUGGAACGAUUACUGGAAAAAGCUCUUAGGAACCCAGAGGAGAUGCUAAAAGAUGAAGCUCUCCUUCUGCAUCUCAUUCUUGGGAAGUACAAUGAGCACUCAGCUGCACUCCUUUGCACAAAUCAACAGUGUCUAGAUUUGUUCAUUAAAGCUUUGCACUCUUCACAGGAAAUCUACAAAGGACUUUCUACUUUCCAGAUUAGAUCUCUUGGACAGAUUACCAAACCAUUAUUUGCUGCAGUGCCUGAUGGGAAAGUUCAGCAAAAGAUUCUGGGAGUUUUGUUUGAUUUACUGUUAAAUUGCAAAAAUCCACUUUGUGCACAGACAAUCAGCAAUGUUUUUAAAGGGAUUUCUGUUGACGCUGAGCAGCUUAGUGUGGAACUGGAACCUCUACCAAAAGCGAAGAAUGUCACUACAGUUCACCAGACUAGAAGGCAGAAGAUGCAGCAGCAGAGAAAAAUGCAGGAUCAAGAAAAUGUCCAAGAAGACAGCAGUGUGAACUGGCAGAGAACUGCUCUCAUCCUGGAAUUGCUUCAACACAAAAAGAAGCUCAAACAGCCACAGGUGCUGAUACCUACCCUUUUCAGCUUGCUGGCAAGGUGUCUGGAACCCUCCACAGAUCAGGAGAAUAUUGAAUACAUAAAGCAGCUAAUACUUGGUUGUCUAUUAAACAUUUGUCAGAGACUGUCGCCAGAUGGCAGCAAGAUAAAAUCAGGUAUUCUUGAUGAAGAGAAAUUUAACGUAGAACUGAUAGUUCAGUGCAUCAGAGUGUCAGAAAUGCCUCAGACUCAUCACCAUGCUUUGCUCUUACUGGGUGCUGCCGCUGGAAUGUUUCCGGGUAAAGUGCUGCACAACAUCAUGCCCAUUUUUACAUUCAUGGGGUCAAAUGUGAUGCGUUUGGAUGAUGCUUACAGUUUCCAAGUGAUUAAUAAGACGGUGAAGAUGGUCAUCCCUGCUCUUAUUCACGCCGAGAAGGAUAGUGAUUCUUCAGAAACAGUGGAAAAUGUGGAAGGGGUAGUGAUUAAAGUAAUUCGUGUGUUUGUGGAUGCUCUGCCUCAUGUACCUGAGCAUCGACGCCUCCCAAUCCUAGUACAGCUAAUAAGCACUUUGGGAGGGGAGCAGUUCCUCUGGAUUCUCCUAGUGCUGUUAUUUGAACAGCAUGUGACGAAAUCAGUGACUUCAGUAGCCAGUGGAGAGAAGGAUACUGUUUUGGAAACAGAUACUGAAUUCUGGAUUUCUGUGUGCUGUGAAUUUAGUGUAAAACAGCAGCUACAGAAUUUGAUGACUAUGCUGCACUAUUUAACCAAACUUCCAGAGAACAAAGAAGGUGAACAUGAGCAAAAGAAAUCAAGACUUCGCAAGACAAAAUCAAACAGUCAAGAAAUGGAGCUCUUUAAUGUGGAGUCUCACUCUGGCAAACAGCUAAGGCAUUUCAAAUUCCUGUCAGUCUCUUUCAUGUCUCAGCUUCUGGCUUCACACAGUUUUGUAAAAAAGGUAGCUGAAUGUGAAGAUGUUGAAGAGUUACAGCAGUUGGAGCAAAGAUUAUUAGAAGAAGUUCUUUGCUACAUAAACACUGUGGCACACUCAGUGGAAAAAAAUGCCAACACACCAACUGCGAAGUUCUGGAGAGCUCUGCUCAAUAAAUCCUAUGAUGUGCUGGAUAAAGUCAAUGCCUUACUGCCAACAGAAACCUUUAUUCCCAUCAUCAGGGGCCUAAUGGCCAAUCAGCUGCCAUCUGUGAGACGUAAAGCAAUGGAUCUCUUGAACAACAAGCUGCAACAACGUACUCAGUGGCAGAAAGCACAAGUUGAACUGCUGUUAGAAAUGGUUCCUGCGCUCAUUGCGGUUGUACAGCGUAACGUGAGUGAGGCUGAGCCGGAGCAAGCAAUCAACAGGCAGACAGCUUUAUUCAGCCUGAAGCUGCUGUGCAAAUGUUUUGGUGCAGAAAAUCAUACGACAUUUCUGCCUGUGCUGCUGAUGGCCAUCGAUGUGAUUUCUUCAGAAAGGAAGGAAGAAAGAAAUGUCACAGGAAGUGCUUUGUUGUGUGCAGCUGAGGUCACCUGUACACUGAAAGCACUAACAAUACCUCACCUCCAAAGGCUUAUGCCAGCAUUACUGAAGACACUGAAACACAAGAAGGAGUUGGUUGUCAGUGAAACUUACUUGCUUAGCGCAGUGAUGGCUCUGUUGAAGGUUGUGGAAACAUUGCCCCACUUCCUCAGUCCAUACCUGCUAGAUACUUUGGUGCAGGUGGUCCAUCUGGAAAGAAUUGCAGUUGAAAUGGGUCCUUCAUCUCAUGUGAAUAUACGUGUGAUGUCUCUGAAAAAUACUCUAGCAACAAAACUUCCAGCAAGAGUUCUUCUUCCAGUAAUUGCAAAAUGUUAUGAUAAAAUUGCAGAUACUUGGAAGAACUAUCUCGGUUCUGUUAUGGAUAUUCUGAAGGAACAUAUUAUAACUUUGGAAAAAGAUCAGCUCAGUGCCCAUCAAUCUGAGCUAACAGCAUUUUUUAUGAAGGCCUUGAACUUCAGAGCUGAGCACUCUCAGGAUGAUCUUAAAGAAGUUGGGAAAAUAGAGACCCAUAUUAUCAGUUGCUUAAUUAGCAUGGUUAUGAAGCUUUCUGAAAUGUCUUUCAGGCCUCUGUUCUUCAAGCUCUUUGAUUGGUCCAAAACAGAAGAUGCCUCAAAAGAUCGACAAUUGACUUUCUACCGGCUGGCAGACUGCAUUGCUGAACAGCUAAAAGGGCUGUUUACCCUCUUUGCCGGUCAUUUGGUGAAGCCCUUUGCAGACACUCUGAACCAGAUCAAUAUUUCCAAAACAGAUGAAGCUUUCUUUGAUUCUGAGAACACUGAAAAGAGCUGCCUAUUAUUACAGUUCAUCCUGGACUGCCUGCACAAAAUCUUCCUUUUUGAUUCUCAUCAUUUUGUGAGCAAAGAGAGGGCAGAAACAUUAAUGGUGCCUUUGGUCGAUCAGCUGGAAAACAUGCUUGGGGGAGAAGAGAAGUUCCAGGAGAGAGUGACAGUGAACUUGGUUCCAUGUCUAGCGCAAUUUGCAGUUGCAAUGGCAGAUGACUCUCUGUGGAAGCCACUUAAUUAUCAGAUUUUGCUGAAGAUGAGGCAUGCAUCACCUAAGGUUAGAUUUGCUGCCUUAUUAGCUUUGCUAGAACUUGCAGAAAAAAUAAGAGAGAACUACAUGGUGUUGCUUCCAGAGUCUAUCCCCUUCUUAGCUGAGCUUAUGGAAGAUGAAUGUGAAGAAGUGGAACAUCAGUGCCAGAAGACAAUUCAGCAACUGGAAGUUAUUCUUGGCGAACCACUGCAGAGCUACUUCUAACCCCAUCAUGUUUUAAAAUGUAGAGCUUUGGUGCUGUGACCAAGUAAACACCUAGAACCACU